UCAAAGAAUCAUUUUUCUAAUUAAAUGUCCAAAAUUUGUGAAAGGCCUUUCUCCAAUUCUCACCGUCCAAUGCCUAGAACUUUUCGACACCAACCACAAAUUAAAAGUAAUCGAAGUGUUAUUGGAGGUGGAGGGAAUGUUGACAGACAAUUUUUGCUUCCACAUUUUUCUGCUGCAAUGGCUGAGGGUGUUCCAAAUCCAAUAGAUGAACGUUGGGUGGAUGAAAAUACAACGGUCGUAACUGGCGCUACUAGUGAACAUUCCUUUAAUGAUAAUAUAGAAUCUCAACCACACUUUCCUCCUCCAGCAGGGAAUUCAAUAAUUCGAUUAGUUUGGCGACGUUUUUCUUGGAUUUGUUGGUUAUUCUCUACUUUUUCGAUUUCAUUUAUGGCAUUAAUCUCUGCCCCUUUAAUGAUCGCUUUGCCUUUUGCUGUUGAACGAAUUGGUCUAGUUGAAGAAAUUAUUCAUUUAAAUAAUAUUGGCUGUGAAAUUGAGUGUCAGGGUCAACUACUUAAUUUGAGUGGAAAGACGGUAUUAUUUUAA